AGGCCCUUAAGGGCAGGGAAGGAGGGGCCUGGCCGCUGAACGCGUCAGCGGCGGAGGCUUAUAGAGCGGCGCUGGGGAACGCGUUCGCUUUGGAGGCUGCGGGGCUCGUGAUGGGGCAGCUGUUCGCCAAGCUCCUGGGUAUUUUCGGAAACCGCGAGCAUAAAGUGAUAAUUAUUGGCUUGGACAAUGCUGGAAAAACCACCAUCCUCUACCAGUUCCUAAUGAAUGAAGUCGUGCACACGUCUCCUACAAUUGGCAGCAAUGUGGAAGAAAUCGUCCUGCGCAAGACACAUUUCCUGAUGUGGGACAUUGGUGGGCAGGAAACCCUGAGGUCUACUUGGAACACCUACUAUUCCAACACAGAGUUUGUCAUUCUUGUGAUUGAUAGCACAGACCGUGAGAGGCUGACCGUGACUAAGGAGGAGCUAUACAAGAUGCUAGCUCAUGAGGACCUACGCAAUGCAGCUGUGCUGAUAUUUGCCAACAAGCAGGAUAUCAAAAAUUCCAUGUCUACCUCCGAGAUCUCAAACUUCCUCACCCUGAGCUCUAUCAAAGACCACCCAUGGCAUAUUCAGGGAUGUUGUGCACUCACAGGAGAAGGCCUUCCAGCUGGUUUAGAAUGGAUGAUUUCUCGAGUUGGAGCCAAGUGACAUCAGCCAAAGUCACUGCAGGGAAGGAGAAAGCAAACAAACUUUUGCGUGUAUUUAUUUCUAUUUUUGCAAACACUCAGGACUUAACAGGACCUUGACUGGCAUUCCCUUUGCUUUCCAAAGCCAUCAGAACUUGAUUUUAUACAUUUAUUGAAAACCUGCGAUAUUACAGGAUGUAACUAUGAAUUGUGCCUGCAGAGAAGGGGUCAAGAGCAGCCGUUUGAACCAACCUUGCCUUACGAGAAGGGAAAUCCACUUUGUAACAUUGCAGAGGGGAGCAAUGUUAAAGGCUUUGCUCGUACGCCUUGCUUGACAGGAACAGCGCCAGCAUGCCUUCUAAAAUGUUGGCCUUUUGAACUUUUUUCCCCAAAGUUUGUGAAAAAGCUACUGAAUUGGGGGGGGGGGAACAAGCAGCAUCAGCCUUCCUCAAAAAGAAAAAUGCUUUGCCUUGUCAUUGUGGGAUCAACAAACAAGUGCGGUACAGCAUGCUUUGACCUUUCACUGUGGCCUCUGGCAUACCUGGACGCUGCUUUCCACGUUGAGAAGAUACACAACAUCUUCCCCAAGGAUUGCUCCCAUUUCACUGUGGAUUAAUGACAGGAUAAUCUGGGUGCUGAGCUGCCCUUUGGUGCUUCUCUUCCAAUCCAUUUUCGUAGAGUCCUGUCCUUCUCUUGUGUGGGUCUGACUUGUCAAGAAAACAUCAUCGGGGGGGGGGUUCUCUUGGUGUAUCAGGGCAAGUCUUGGGCAUGAAAUCCAUAGGAAGCUGUGGCAUGGCUGAAAGCAGUUCCUGUGAGAGUGGCAGAAUCUUCAUCUGGAAAAAGGUGUCCCCCUCCCCCCAAAAAUCAUACCAAGUUUUUCUUCCUUGCUUGAACUGAUGAUAUGAGCUUAUUUUUAGACGUUUUGCAAACGUCAUGGCGAUUUGGAAGAAUGGAGAACUAUAUUGUAACCACUGUCCACAUGUGACUGUACACAUGACUACCCUGUCCUGAGAGUCUACAAAACUUCCUCUGCAAGCCCACAAAGUGUGGGGAGGCAGACUAGACAUGAUAAUUUGUAUGCCUUAUAAACAAUUGUUUUGUUUACAAUUAACACACAUGGGUUUUUUGGUUGCAGUUUACACAUAUAGCAGAAUUAGAUGGCGAAGUAGACCAUACCAUUUUGGACUAUGGGUGAGGGAGUAUUCAAAAGUGGUGUCCCUUACGUUUCAUUUAAAAAAUCCUCGCUGCAAAUAGAAAACUAGAGCAUGAGAGAAGAUUCUGGCACAGCCCUUGCCUGCUAAGCUAGUUCUCUAUUUGUGUGGAGUUUUUAAUGUAGAAUACCUUUAGAAAUGUGACUGCAGUCUCAAGCGGCACAGUCCAUUCUAGUGCCUCACCAUCUGACCACCUCAUUCUGUUGCAUGUGUAGGCCAGGGCAUAGAAAGAACUUCUACCUUUUGCCUUAGUUUCCCCAACAUAGUGGCCAGUAACUACCUUUUGGAAGGGUGUACAGUAUGCUCUAUAAAGGUAUAGGGACAUGUAGUCUAUAAGUGCAAAGCUCUGCUGUGUUUUAACAGAGAAAAAUUUCCCCCUCUCACAUCUUAAGUGUUUUCCCAUUGUGGGUUUUACAUAUUUCCAAAUGUCUGUUUGGACUUUUUUAUUAAAAUGUUUUUCUUAAAUGUAUCCUCAUUCUGCACAGUCAUGCCUUGUUUACUGCCAGAGCUUCCUGUAAACAAAACUUGCUCAGUGUUAGUUCUCACCAGAGCUACUCUUGCACUGCCAUUAUGUCAUAUGACUUCUCAAGAUCUUAUGUAAUUUGCAUCUGCAAACGUCAGCAUUGUAGCCAUUGCUGCCUAGCAUCCUGGCUUGUUAAAUACUGGUGCUGUAGUUGGUAAGCUCCAUCUGAAGUGCAUAAUUGGGACUGGUGCAUCAAAUUUUAAAGCUUAAAAUCUUAAAACCCUAAUUUCUGGACAGUAUUACUUGGAUUGUUUGAUCAGUCCAGUCCUCUAGAAGUCUGGAACAGACAAGUAUCCUACCUUUUAUUCCCCAGCAUACAUUCUGAGGUUAAUUCUUUUUUUAACAAUACCCCAGCUAGUUGAGAACUUGCUUGCCAUUUUGUGUAAUAUAAGUUAUUAAGGAAGUGGAUGCAACCUAAGCUUCUGAUUGGUCACUUAGGCAUCAGAGAUGGGGCUGCUGUCACCACUGGAUAAAACAAUCCAACUCUGUCAAGUGGCUGUGUGUACUGGUCUCAAAUUUCCAUAAAUAGGUGAUGCAUCACCUCGGUAUUUUGUCUCCUUGGAACCAUCUGAUUUAGGAGUCCAAAAAUGUUCUUUCUUGGAAUCUCUUUUAGAUAAGAAACUGUGCAUGUGCCCUGAAACUCACAACUCUGCAGAUUUUAUUUGCAAGUUGGUGUGUGUAAUUUUUGCUUAACUUUUCCUCGCUCUGUUUCCCAAAUAAACUUGUGUUUUAUAUAUGAA